AUGGCCAGUUGUUCUUCGAGGAGAAGGUCCGCCAGCUUUUCUGGAGGAGCUUUACAACAGCGCAAGAAGAUAAAUGCCCGACAUAGAACCUUCUCUGUGUCUUCUUUGGGAGAUGGCCCUGUCCCUCAGCAGCUUCUACGAACCCAACUGUGCUUAGUAACAGAUGUUGAUGAACUAAUCGCCGAUAGAAUCCUUUCAUGUCGAGAGAAUGACCGAGCCGAAACUGCCAUGCGCGACUGGCUCAAUCAUCCAAUGCUAACAAGUGACGAUGAGCUAGCAAAGAUCAUCAUGAUGGAGCAAUGCACAAAAUUGUCUCCGAGGCUUGAAGCUGGCUCCGUUGCGUACUUCAGAUCUUGGCCGAUGGAAGCCAGAUACUUUCGCCAAAUAAUCGAGGAGCUUCGAUUACACGGGUACGAGAACAGCAUACAAGACUGGAUAUUUUUCCUCAGAUGGAUUGACCAAACCACUCGGAUAACUGUCCGCUACGUUGGGUCAACAUCCGGGCCAAGAAACCCUUUCAAACGGGUGCAGAAGAAUACAGAGCGGCCACAAUCACUCUUUGGAAUGUUUCUCUAUAUACUCCACAACCGAUACCCUGAGAUUGCUGCUCUCCACAAGAUUUUCACAAUCCAUGGAAGUUUUGUGUCGGAUUUCAGCAAACUGAGCGGCCGACAGAAUAUGUUGUCUCAGCGGUUUCACAAUUCCGUCACUGAUCGAACUGAACGCUGCCUCAUUGCUUUUUUCGGGUUUCGUACCCUCCUCAACCGCCAACGUGGGGGGAAAUAUGGAGUCAUAACCGUCAAUGACGAAGAAGAACGUGUCUUCUUGCGAUGUAAAACUAACCUCUGGACCGAAGCUAACGGCUGCUAUACCAAGCCACCACAGAACGUCAAUGCCCAUAUCAAUCUUCUUUUCGACGGGUGCCGCGAGACCUACAUUUCUGGGGUCUCGGCCCAGGCUGUUGCAAAAUCCUGGCUUAACGGCUAUGCACUACUCGCUCUGUGCGGACAAGAACCACCGAUUAGCAGCAUCAAUGAUGGCAACAACAUACUGAGUGGCAUCCGGGCUACUAGCAGCUUGAUUAGAAGUAUGCUGGCUUUAAUGGUUGAAUUAGAGGCGGGUGUGUGCGAUGCUUCUAUCACAUCUAUAGCGAAUCUCUUCAGCUUCAAUCAACUUUUCAACUGGCCACAGCUGGCUCCCAAGCAUAAGCAACGAUCAAGGGAGUUAUUCGAUAGUUGGCUGGAAGCAAUUCAACCUUUGAUUGUGGCUACUCUUGGACAGCACGUCUACGCUUGGGUCUGCCAACCAUCUCGGCGGCAAACUCCACCUAAAUCCCUUCUGAACGAAGUAGGCGUCCCUCGUUUGGCACAAAUUCCCAACAGUAUCUACGACGCCAUUAUAAUUCCACAUCUUCAUCCUGGUAGUUUCGCGAGAAAUCCAAGCAUAUCGAGUCAAGACCGGGUCUUCUGGUACCCCUGGGUUGCCACAUGGGUUUAUAUGGACACUGCAAUCCGUCUGCUUUCGAGUCAUGACACUUCAUAUACUUCUCGCCAGGCUUUAUGUGUCGAACUCCACAUCCAAGCAGAGGCAAUUUUGAAACAAGCAGGAUACUUUGAAAGUCUACAGGUUGCAAAACAAGGAUUUGCUGUCACAACAAAGACAACUACCUCGGAGACUAUGUAUUGCAAGAAAUUUGCAUUAGGAACUCGGUCAUCCGCAACAGAAGGGCAUGCACUCCCUUCAUUCACUAUCUCAUUAGAUAGAAGAGCUGUGCUUGACCAGCACCUCUCAUGCAGUGCCCUCUCCGACCAGGACAUAUCUCAACCGAUACCUGAGUCAAUAGAACAUGGCUCAAAGAAAAGACCUCGAGAUAUGUUCGAAGAAAACGAACGGUUUGUCGACCCAAGGACAAACUUAACGUCAUAUAACUGGGGUCCUUCAGACAAGACGCUGGAAAGAUGGAGGAAGGUUUACGACUUCAUCAGGAAUGUUGAGUCGUUCCAGUUUACUCCGAGACUAAAAAAUAAGGUCACUCAAUAUACGGCGCUCUUUUCCGUUGCGGCCAGCAUCCAUCGAUGCCCCGGCGGUUUGGUUGCUGGGCUAAAUCCCCUAGAAGCUGCUCACCCCUCUGAAUGGAAGGAUGAUAUGACAAGUUUUAACGAUGAAUUUCUCAAAUGUGUCCGUUCAUUCCAGAAUGCUGUCAUCCACAGCUACAUCAAAAACUUGCCGAAUUUUCUCCUCGAACGGAACUGGACAGGUUCCAACUCCUCCUCGAAGCUGCCAAAACUUUCCCCACAUGAAAGAAAUUCUGCAAUCGCUGGGAACCAGCCAUCCUUUCACAUGCCUGCAUCCUUAUUCGAGACCAAAGCACUUGCUGUGCAUCCCCUAUAUCGUUUCAAACUGGCCCUUGAACGAUGUGGGAAGACCGAAGGCCUACCUUCAUCGAUAAUCAGACACCAGCAGGCCGAACAACUAUUUGAACACAAAGUGCCCAAACUAUGUGGCUGGUCAUCGGACAAAGUUGCUUGGGUGGAGUUUCUACAGGGACUUGACGAAGGUGUUUGGAUUGCAGCCUCACUGGAGACUGCAAGAGGCGAUGAGAUGACAUGGCCAGAGCGAGACAGAUUCAUCGAGACUUUCGGUGACAGAACUGGUGCUGAUGAGUCUGACACCAAUGAAGCUAGAGGGAUAAAACUCCAGAGGGCAUCGCAACGAUUCAUGAUACAACAAAUGCAGUGGCUCGGCAAAAUUACGAGGGGGAAGGUAGCUGACUCCUCGUAUCUCAAUCUGAAUGAAGCUGAAGGACACCAAAUUAACGUGUCACAGCACGGAAAAGUUCAACUGAGAUUCAAUUUGAAAAAUGACUCGAUCAUUACGACGGACAUCAAGCUGGGGCCGCUCAUUGCUCCGCUUGAGAAAGACGAUAAACGUACAAUACAUUUCACGGACUUGGGAAUUGAUAUCAGAACUGCAACAGGAUUGACAAUCAAAGUUCCCAUAAACAACUCGACAUGUACUUUGCCCUUGUCAGCCAUGAAGAGCCACAAAAACGGCAUCGAAUUCAUUAGACUUUGGAAAGCAGUUCGCGGUGAAGAUCAGCCUGGACGCUGUUUAUCGAGUCUUUUGAAGUCCUCUGAUGAAGAUGCAGACUAUCCUCCGGAGUUGCGUGUCUCGUCUAAUGGGGAGAAGGGGGCGACACCUCCCCAGAAGCGCCUUGAAACAAUUCAAGAACCAGGGGAGAACGACGCAAUGUGGCUCCUAAAGAGUUAUAUUGAUUCACACCUGCCUGAUGGAGGUGAUUUCUGGACGGGUAAUAAGGUGGAUUUUCCACAAGGAACAGACGACGUCGGUCGCUUCAUUGAGUAA